UAAUUGACCUAAAUAUCUCUUCUCCAAAAAGAAAAGCUAAAUUAUCCCCGGUAACAAUUUCAACAGCUGCAGUUAAAGCUUUUGAAAACUAACAAUCUACCAAACUCCUUAAUAAAGCAACAGCUAAGCAUUUUACUUUAAAGAGAGUCAGAUACAUGGUUACCACUAUUUGAAUGCUUCUGACUUCAUAUUUGCACAAUUUUAUUUUUUUAUUUUUAUUUUUAUUUCCUGUCUUAAUACAUUUUUUAUAUAAUAAAUAAAUAAAUAAAAUGCAAUCUAAGCUUUUUCUUCCUUUUAAAUGAUCAUUAUUUUUAAGAUGCACAGAAAUUUCUUGAGAACUGAUUCUGACAUGUUUCUCUAAAGGAUAAGUUGCUGAUUCAGAUUCUAGUCAUUGACUUGUACAGCAGUUCCUUAUAAAAAGCACACAUUGAUGGAUUUCUGUAGCCAACAACGACCUACUUCUCUCACAAAAACAGUUGGAAGGAGCUGAAGCUAUGAAGAAUUCCAAUGAUAAUAAUGCUGUAGGGAUCUCUGCAAUUUCUGAGUCUUCUACUCCUGAGCAAGUUAGCAUGUAUAUCCACUGCCCUCUCUUUGGUAUCUCAAAAUUAAAACUGAGCAAAGUGAAAUCUCUUACUAAUUGGGUGAGCAAAUUCACUAGCAAGGCAGACAAUCUAGCUCAAGGCAUCCGAGACCAUGUGAAUUUGGGGCCAAAGAUCACUGAAACUGUCAAGAGUAAGAUCAGCUUGGGUACAAGAAUUGUUCAAGCUGGAGGGAUUCAGAGAGUCUUUAGACAAAGCUUCUCAUUCAGGAAAGGAGAGAAAUUGCUGAAGGCAUUCCAGUGUUACCUAUCAACAACAGCGGGUCCUAUUGCAGGGCUUCUCUUUGUUUCAAAUAAAAAGAUUGCAUUUAUCAGUGAUAGGCCCCUCACUACUGUUUCUUCUGAUGGUGAAGUGAUUAAAGUGCCCUACAAGGUUCUGAUCCCAAUAAGGAAGAUUAAGAGCACAAAUCAAAUUGAACAAAUGGGCAGUCAAAGCAAAAGUUUUAUGCAGAUAGUCACAGUGGAUAACUUUGAGUUCUGGUUUAUGGGAUUCCUUUGUUACCAGAGCUGUGUUAAGCACCUGAAAUCAGCUAUUGGGCAAUUUCACAAGUUGUCGGUGCACAGUGAUUUGGUUGCUUCAAAUAAUAAUUCUUCCAUCAUUGACAAAAUGGUUCAAAGAGAAGAAAGUUCUGUAAAAAGUUGAUAUUAAUUAAUUAAUCUCUUGAUUAUUUUGUUAAAA